AUGGGAAAAGAGAAACUAAGCUUCAAAGAAGUCCACCAUUCUCAUAACCCCAAAACAACUCUCUGGUGGUUCUUUUUUGUAGCUACCUGCAUAAAAGUUCUCCUUUUCCCCUCCUACCGUAGUACAGAUUUUGAGGUGCAUCGCAACUGGCUGGCUUUGACCCACUCCCUCCCUCUUUCCCAGUGGUACUUUGAUGAGACAAGCCCAUGGACUCUUGAUUAUCCACCAUUCUUUGCCUAUUUUGAACGCUUUCUAUCUGUUUUUGCUCACCUAAUUGAUCCCCAAAUGGUGCACCUUCAAGAUGGCCUGAAUUAUAGCUCAAACAAGGUGGUUUAUUUCCAAAGAGUUACUGCAAUACUUUCUGAUCUGUCUCUUCUUUAUGGGGUUUACAGACUUACACGGAAUCUGAAUUCAAGAAAGCAGAAGUUGAUCUGGUCAUUGAUUGUUUGGUCACCGAUGCUUUUUGUAGUGGACCAUGUGCAUUUUCAGUACAAUGGAUUUCUCAUUGGGAUUUUGUUGAUCUCACUUUCAUAUUUGGAGGAAGGAAGGGAUUUGUUAGGAGGAUUUGUUUUUGCAGUUCUGUUGUGCUUUAAACAUUUAUUUGCAGUAGCAGCACCCGUUUAUUUUGUUUAUUUGUUGAGACACUAUUGUUGGGGUGGUAUUCUAAGAGGCUUCAGUCGAAUAUUGAUUAUGGGAGGAGUGGUUAUAGCAGUAUUUGCAUCUGCUUUUGGACCAUUUUUCCACCUUGGGCAGUUACAACAAGUUAUUCGACGAUUGUUUCCAUUUGGCAGAGGGCUUUGCCAUGCUUACUGGGCCCCAAAUUUUUGGGUAUUCUAUAUCAUGUCAGACAAAGGACUUGCUCUCGUAUUAAGAAAACUUGGAUUUAAUAUCCAGGUACCAGUGGCUUCAUUCACAGCUGGUCUAGUAGGGGAUUCCUCACCAUUUUCUGUACUGCCUCAGAUCACACCAUUUGUGACCUUUUUAACGGUUCUUCUUGCCUUAUCCCCUUGCCUUCUCAAGGCUUGGAAGAAUCCACAGCCACAGAUGAUAAGUAGAUGGGUAGCCUACGCUUAUACCUGUGGUUUUCUUUUCGGGUGGCAUGUGCAUGAGAAGGCAUCUCUCCAUUUUGUAAUACCACUUGCCUUUGUCGCAGCACAAACUCUGGAGGAUGCAAGGCAUUACUUUUUGUUGUCAAUAGUGUCUUGCUAUUCAAUUUUUCCGCUACUAUUUGAGGCACAAGAGUAUCCGAUCAAAGUUUUGUUGCUGCUUCUACACUCCAUUUUGAUGUGGUCAGGCUUUUCAGCACAAUUUUGUGAUGAGGAUGAAACAGCUUCAAGGCCAAGUACUAAUUCAAAGAAAAAGGCUGAUGAAGUUGGAUCUGAAUGUAAUCCGGGUGCAACUGUGAAGAAAGGUUUUGUUAUUGGUUGGAGUGAGAGGAUUUAUCUGAUAGGUCUUGUAGUUGUAGAGAUAUGGGGUCAAAUUUUACACCCUCUACUUUUGGGUGAUAAGUUUGCAUUUGCACCCCUAAUGUUGAUCUCUAUAUACUGUGCUUUUGGGAUCACAUACUCUUGGAUCUGGCAGUUGAUAUCCAUAGUUAGAUCUCUUUGA